AUGGCUCACCAGUGCACUGCUGUACGGGCCGUAGCGUCACACGCGUCUCUCGCGGACAGUGAGAAGGGAACGCGCCAGAAUUCGCGUCGAACUUUCCGAUGGGCACCUGCGCUAGUGGGUUUUUGCUUAUGCAGUGCCGCCAUUGUAUGUACUCCGAGCAGCUCGGUAGUCCCAGCUGCCGCUGCUACCACGUCCGGCUGCGAAGAGGUUGGGGAUGGGAUCCAGUGCACAUGCUCUCCCUCGGACAACAAUGCAAAGGCGGUGACGGUCGUCCUGUCACAAAACAGAAACCAACUGCAACUGCUGUGUAAAAGCGACCUGAUCUACGCACCAGAUAAUCUCGCUGGCCAAAAAGUUUGUACAGCGGAGGUGCUGACCGAGUGCAACGGAGGAUCCGCAGAUUCAUCCAUUGACGUCACUACCCUUCUCCACGACGCUCCGGCAGACUUGAAGUGGCAAACAAGCGCGGAGGGUGCUGACUCAGCAAAACCCAAGAUCCUGACUAUCCCGCCAGCCAACUUCCCAUACGUCGACGGGAAAUUCGCCGUGGGGUGUUUGGACAGUACGGAGGAUACAGGCCACGUGAAAUGCCAACUCGAUGUGACCAUCGCAGCGAAACAAACUGUGACAACAGGUCAAGUCGUCACAUGCGGGUACGGCGAGGACAGCAACCCAACCCAUCACGAGGUCAGGCUGACGCCAUCGCAGAAUGCGUUCACGCUUGUUUGCGGAGGAGACGGCGAAAUCCUGCCAACAGCAUAUAAGCGGUCUUACUGCCUUGGCGGCGAAAACGAAGAUGCUGCCGCAGAGUGCCCUGGCAGGUAUGCUGAUAUCCUUCCGACGUAUGAGCAGAAGUGGUGGAAGCGCGAUGACUUCAAGGGAAGCUUCACGCUGACGAUUCCCACGGAGAGGUUCCCGCGGGAGAAAGCGACACUUAGAGUGGGAUGCAGAAAACUCACCCAGCCCGCAAAUCCGCACAUACUAGCUGCAGAAGAGUCGAGUGUCUGCACCGUCGAUGUCUCGAUCAAGGGAACUGAUUUAGUAUCGUCUUCGACUUCCUCCAGAGGCACGCUCGCUGUAUUCUCUAUGAUUUUGGGCGCUGGCAGUGCCGUGUCUACUCUGGCUCGCGCCUUCGCUUUGCGUUGA